AUGUUUCAAGAGAUUCUGAAUAGGGUAUAUGACGUUGUUGGAUGUGAUCGUAUGUAUGUGGAACUGAAAUUGUUUAUGAGAUAUCCGAUGCCGGGAAAAUAUGUGCCAAUUGCACUAGAGGAUGACGAGUCACUGAGUGCUAUGUGGCUUUCAGUGACACAAACGUCAGCCAUGGCAAUGGAGGUGUACAUUGAACAAGUUCCCAAAGAGAUAAAUGUGCAAAGUAAUGUGGGUUAUGUACCUUCAAUGGACUUUAGGGAUAGCAUGGAGGUACCGACAUCAGCUCCUAAUAUGCAAUUUGAAUCAUUUACUAGCAUGUUGUCAGACCCACAUUAUGUAAAUCAGCACAUGAAUGAGUUUAUUUCUCCUGCUUCGUCUCCCCACAUACCAUCCACAUUCCAUCUUGACACUCUACAUCAAAAUGAUGUUGAUUUUUUGGGAAACGAGGAGGAGCAUGUGGAUUCUGAUAGGGAUGAGGAUGAUGAUGCAAGAGAAUUAGCUGACAAGGCAAUAAAGGCUGGUGUUCCUUCACAAGAUUGGCUUAGAGUUGACGAAGUUGAUCAAAGGUUAAUAGAUUCAUGGAUGACUUGGAAUGUCACUGGUUCAUUAACUGUGGCUUCUGAAUUUGAGAUAGGACAAGAGUUCGCCUCAUUGCAGCAAUUAAAGAAUUUUGUGAAAGCAUGGUCGAUCUCUAGAAACCAGAUGUUUCGGGUGUUAGAGUCAGAGCCCACAAAGUAUGUCAUUGAAUGUGCUAGAAAGGAAGUGUGUCACUGUCCAUGGAGGUUGCGUGCAAUCAUGACUAAGUCGUUCUCAUUCAAAAUUGUACGAUAUGUUGGUCCACAUGCAAGCAAUUGUUUAGGAGACAUAACAUGUGGAGACCAUCCUCUCAUUUCAUCAGAUUUCGUUGCUGAUCUUAUCGAGGAUUUCAUUAGGACUGAUCCUUCAUUCAAAGUUCAGUCCAUCCUUACUUUUGUGAAGAACCAAUAUCAAUUUUCAAUAACAUAUAAGAGAGCUUGGUUAGCAAAACAAAAGGCAAUCAGCAAUAUUUUUGGUGAUUGGGAGAAGUCGUAUCAAGAGUUACCGAGGUACUUGCAAGCCUUGAAAGAGUCCAAUCGAGGCACUGUCGUUUACUGGAGUACGAUCCCAACACAAGAUCCUACUACGCACAUCUUUAGGAGGGUCUUCUGGGCCUUUAAACCCUCCAUUUCCGGAUUCCGUCAUUGUCGGCCUCUUAUCACUAUAGAUGGUACUCACUUGUACGGGAAAUACAAAGGCAAAUUAUUGAUUGCUAUGGGAACAGAUGCUAAUUUCCAGCUAUUCCCACUUGCCUUUGCUGUUGUGGAGGAAGAAAGCACGGAGGACUGGUCUUGGUUUUUAGCUUGCAUUAGACGUUCCGUCACAGAUAGAAAGGAUCUGUGUGUCAUCUCUGAUCGUCAUAGGGGUAUCCUUGCAGCUAUGAAUGAGCCUGGUAGUGGUGGGAGGAACCAUAUGCACAUCACCGCUUUUGUGUGCGUCAUCUUGCUUCGAACUUGA